GUAUUCCAUGUAGCCAGCGGAACUAACGGCUAUGCUAGCUGAGCGCUAGUGGAAGGUGAGAAUGUUUUGCUGUUUUACAUCGCAUAAAAUAUACUUACUGUGCAUUUGUUGAAGCUCAUUUGUCCUAAAGAUGAUGCAUUUCACACUAAAUAUUUAUCUGCGGUUUUUGGAAGAGAGAAUUAAUGAGUUAAUCUCUUUUAGGUCUUUAAAACGUGCGGGUGUUUGCAACAUAAGGACGUCAGCUAACUAGCAAUGUUAGCUGUCUGCUCCCCAUGAAAACAGCUGUCAGUAAAUCUGCUGUCAUGGAAGAAAACAGUUUUUUUAUUUUAUAGUUUAGGUCACUCUGGUUCUACAUGGUACAGUGUGUUUGAGUCGUGGACCCUGUACCUUUAGACCCUGUUGAAAGAGAGCGCAGCCGGCAGUUUUAGGAUCACAUGUGGUGUUUCAACUGCAACUGAUAUUAUGAUCCAUACUCAGUAAAUUUCUGUUACAUGCGCUCAGUUUGCAUCUACAUUUAAAGCAGAUUUCAUUGCCCAUUGUAAACAGAAUCUGUUCGGGUCUUCAGGAUUUUGUUUCUUUUUACAGAUUUCCGUCAAAGAUCAAUCAGAUCCUUCAAUCAAAAGUAAGUUAAUACUGAAAACCUUUCUAUCACAUCAUGUUAAAGUCAUUUAAACACUUUUCCAUUAAAGAAAUGCCUCUACAGUUCUUGGUAAAUCACUUUUAUAGACUUUUAUUCUUCCUUUUUACUUUGUUUUUGUUUUUACUCUUAACUAGGGCUGGGCGAUAUGGGCGAAAGUUUAUCACGAUAUUUUUUUUCAUAUCAGUCGAUAUCGAUAUAUAUCACAAUAUAAAAAAUGGAAUUUAACAGGGCUUGUUGGUGGCAUGUCUGUUGCAAAACAAUAAGCUACUGCAUCUGUGAGGUCUUUGUGUCUCUUUGACGUUUUGUCGUGAGGUGUUGAACUAGAUCAGUGGUUCUCAAGUCCAGUCCUCGAGGCCCACUGUCCUGCAUGUUUUGGAUGUUUCCCUGCUCCAACACACCUGAUUCAAAUGAUCAGCUCGUUAUUAAGCCAUUACAGAACUUGAUAACGAGCUAAUCAUUUGAAUCAGGUGUGUUGGAGCAGGGAAACAUCCAAAACAUUUUUACGUUUUAUCGCCCAGCCCUACUCUUAACCAGUGUGAUCUUUUUUCCCCCACAUAAUUAUUCCAACCCUUUUCUAAUAACAAUACAUUAAUAGAGACACAUUUUCCCCCUUUUGAGGGUUUCUUAUCUUCAUCUUAUCUACAUCUAAACUGGCAAAGUAAUCCUGCAUCAUAAAUCUUUGUUCUCUAUCCUACAAAAGGUUUAUGCUUGAUUUGAGAAGACCAGCAAAACCAAAAGUCAUGAUUCUUCCCAUUUCUCUCUCACAGCCUGCAUGCACCUUCCUGUAAUCUGGUGAAAAUUACUGUCAUGGAGUAUUUUUCCCUAAAGCCUUUCAUAGAUAAUCAAGAAAAUUCACCUUGCCAAUGAUGUUUAUUAUUAAAGAAGCUUAUAUAUUUAUUGUUUAACCUACAUAAAAGCCUGUGUUGCGCCUCAGAAUCUCAGUUUUUUUAUUGUUGUUGUUGUUUCUUGCAGUGACAUACAGGAGAGACAGGAAUAUAAGAGAAGUCUAUGAGGAACGGUUUUUAACAGAGAGGCCGGUGAGUUUAACUUCAUGGUCUGCUUUGUUUUCUUUAUUUAAUAAUUCCUCUUUCAUUGAAUGACAGAUGCUUCAGUAUACGGAUUUCUUUUAAAAGCAUUUCUUUUACUGAUAUCACAGUAAGCUACGGAUCACUGUAGAGAGUGAAUAGUGGAGUAAAACAACUAAGAGUUCUUGCAUUGAUGAACAAUAAUGAUUGCUCUAACAAAGUGGUUGCACAACAUCUCAUGCAAACUGGAGUAAGACAAGGAUGUUAUGAUAAAUUAAUAUCUUCAUCAGGUACAAAAGUCUUAAAAAGGCUCCUGUAAACCACAAGUCAUUCAAAAUGACGUGUAUAAGCAGCAAUAAUUAAAAUAAAAUCUACAUAACAGAUUUGAAAUUUAACUUUAACUGUUAAUUGUUAAUUUUGAAUAAUAAACUGUGUCCGUUCUGGUAGGGGCCAUACCCACGACCAGCAGGAGGGGUAGAGAGAAGAGGACCCUUCGGCCGGCCAGAGGAAGACUAUGGUCGGGGAGGAUACGAAUAUGAGGGAGGUCCACGGUUUUUCCCGAAUGGUGGAGGCCCACGGAAUUACCAUGAAGAGCAAAGAGGCUACCAUGGUGACAACGUACAUUUCCCUGCUGAACGCAGAAAUGUGCCGCCAUCAAGGAGGGUGAGAGCGUGAAUAUCAUACAUAUGACGUGCACAAAUUUUAGCAGAGAUCAAACAGAAACAUAUAAGACACUGAAAGGAUUCUUAAGACAGAAAUCCUUAAUCUAUAUCCUGUUUCCAAAUGGCUAACAAAAUAAAAAGAACUGAUGGUUUUAAUUGACGGUCUGGUUUGCUUCUCUCUUUUUAAACUCUUACAGACUGAAUGUAAGAAGUUUGAGUCAAAUGUCAGAAUGUUUUGCAUCAGGCACUUGAGAAGAAACAAUAAAUAUUGAUAAAAAAAAUCCCUUAUCAAAUGCUCGUUCGGCAUAUUCCGCAAUGUUCUCUUCCUCUCAUAAAUCUUUCACCACUUAUACCACCAAUUGCAGCAGAGUCUGGAGAUAUUUUCAGAUUGACUCCAGGAGCCCUAAACAUUGCAUGAACUAAAACUGUUAGAAAUGAAAGGGAAACGAUCAUGACUGUCGAAAGAUGAAAAAAUGUGUAACUGCAUGACAUGUCAGUACUUUUGGUUCAGUAUGAGCUACCAAAAGUGUCCAGCAGAGGGUGCUCUAGUUUCAGAUUUGACUUGACCAAGUGUAUGCUGAACUGUAACAAUUCAUUUAAAACAACAUAAUAAAGUAACCUGUUGGACAUUUACAUUCUGUUAGAAAGUGACCAAAGUGCUCUUAAAACUCUUAACUCUGAUCCAUUUGAUGUUGUUUUUUUCAUGGUUUAUACUGUUGGUUCACUUAACUUUUUCAUAGCAUUGCAUGUCUUGACACUCAUUUAUUUAUGUGCAGUAAAUCAGUUUGAAAGUGGUGCAUUAUGAAAAAAUAUGGUAACUGAAGAGGGACAUUUUUAUAGAAUAAGUCUAAUUGAGACACUUCUUUUGGCUUUUUAAGAUUUAAGGAAGUGAUUGAUAAGUUUAAGGAAAUCUGUGUUUUUUUGUGAUGUAAAGGUAGCCAACAAAGGUUGCUUUAAUUGGGGUUUCUUUUCUCACAUUUCUCUAUAACACAGGAGGACUAUCCUUACAGAGGACCCAGAGAAGACCAACACACAGGACGACCAAUGGAGUUUGGGUAACAUUGCUGAACAGCGUCUGUAUUUAGGACAUAGAUUAGGCCGCAAAUUCAAAGCAGCACGAUUGUUUUGACAGUUUUACAGGUUUUACUCUGGUCCCACUCUAUCAACCCAAAAGCCAAAAAAUCAACUUGGUGCUUCAAGCACUUUUGAGCUGCUCAAUUUAAUGUGAAAAGUCUUUGAAGUGUUGCUGUGGAAACAUGCUGUAGUGUUGAAGUACAUCAAAGAAAAUGAACAUCUGACUAACUGUAUUACCUGAAUUAAUAUCUUAGAAAGGAAGCGGACAAGUCUCAUAAAAGUACUUCUUGUUAUGAGCAACUUGGUUUUAAAUGUAAAAACUUUAAAAAGUAAUUUUACAUCAACAUGUAAAUUUAAAGCUGCAAACCUAAUGAAACCAUUUCAUUUAACCCUUGAAUUGAACAAAAAUGACCUGUACGUACUUGUUGCUCAUUGAUACAGAAUGCUUGUGCACUUUAUGUACCCACAACUGAUCAAACAUCUGUGUGUUUCCUUAGCGCCCGAGCUCCACCUCCUCAUGGUGUACGAGGCCAAGGCAUUUACCCCGCAGCCAGAUCGCUCCCUGAGGGCGGAGAAGACACACUGGUGCAAGCCAUCCUCAACCUGGACAGAGGGUACGAGUAAAUGCAGGUGUAAUCAUUGCAUGAGACAAUCGUGUGUUGUGUGAUUGCAGUGGCUGCAGUAACAAUACAGUAACAGUACCAAAUGUCACUGCUUUUUAAAUCAUCUCACUAAAAAUGCCAUUAGUGCAAGAUUCUUUUAUAUGUGAGUGUAUGUUUUGAUUUUCCAAAACAGCUCAUGAUAUCGUGUUAACAGUCCACACAUGCCCUUUGUUUCUCCAGGGAGGACAGAGACCACUACAGGCGAAAAGCCGCCCAGUUCCCUCCUCUCAGAGAGCGAUCCCCUGUGCGCCGUGAGGUAGCCCGCUCGCCCCACAGUCGCUCUGGCUCCAGCGUCAGCAGCAGAGGCUACUCACCAGACAGAGCUAAGGGCCUGCCGUUUCCAUCACAGCAAGGCAAGAGUAUGUAGAUCCUAGCCCUCCCAGUCAUACCACAGGGCUCUUUAAACCCUUUAGUCUCCAGCCUGAUAUUUGUACUAUUAAGUGGAUAGUUGGUAAAGAUUCAGAGUUGGCACCUCCUAAAAUGUACAGAUGGAUUAAAUGGCAGCACAGGCAGACAGAUCUUGAUCAUCCCAAACUGGCAUUGCUACCAAAAUAAAACAAUCAAAUCAAAUGCCUGUGUCUGAAGUAAAAUUAAUUUGGGAAAAAAACACUGAAGUGAUUGAAGACAGUAAACCACAGAAAGAAAAUCAUAGUCCAGACCUUUUAGUUUUCCUCCAUUUCUCCUUAACUGAUUAUCUGGCUGGUUGACUUCCAGGUUUGGACGGUCCAGAAGGUCAUUCAGGUGUCCCUGAGCACCACUGGGGGGCACUCUUUCCUCAGCAGAGUGGACAUGACACUUCGGGUCUGUACAGUGAACCACGAACAAGCUGGGACCUGGGUGACAACAAGCCAAUUUUCAGUCCUGGCAUGUCUCCUUGCACCCUUGUCACGUCAGGAAAAUGUCAGUGUACAGAGUGUAGGAAGUGAUGGCAUUUCCUCCUGGACAUGAGAAGAAUGCAAGGAGAAAGGACGGACAUUUGAAGGAUCUACAAAGUUAACCUGUAUAUAUUAAAACCUAUACAUUUAAAAUACAAAAAAAACCCACACAAAUUCCAAACACAAACUUGCAGAGACCACAAACUUUGUCACCCAGGUCUGUAGAAGCACCUAUCUCGAGUUUUGAACAAUUACCAAGUUGUAUUUGCUGUAAUUAUCAUUUCAACGACCUGCUGUGGGGUUACUUCAGCAUUGUCCUUGGUUCCUACAUUGAUAUAUAAGUCUUAAUGUUAAACUAAGAACUAAAGAGGCUGUAUAAAACACACAUAUACAAGGAAUUUGACUUUGGUAAACAAUAAGUUUAAAUGCAAUUUGCAAUAAGCAUCAGAAUGCUCACCAAAUGUUGAAUCCUUGGAACUGUAACCGAGCAUUGCUGAAGUAGCUCCCUUUCUGUUGCAUGUUUGACUAAAAGAUCAGGACCUCUGCAAGUUUUUCAGGUAGUUUAGUGGGUCUGCAACUGUCCGUAUUUCCUCUCGGUACUUUCAAAUCCAGUGGACUACAGCACCGCCAGUGGGCCUCAUGAUUAUGCAGAGAAUAAUGUGUUCAAAUCUGUAAAUAGACAUUAGCACUGUCCGUUAUUUGUUGGAGGGGGAUGUUUCAUGUGCUUUGUAGUUUGCUGAAGGAAGAGAAAACCUUGUUCUGCUGCAAACAGCUAAUGACUCUGCGGUUUUGUCUUCUGAACAGGCUACGAGGAGACUUAUUCUCAGACCAAGAUGCAAGGUAAGUGAAGUAUUGUCAUAUGAGGCAAUGGUGUAAACACUGCUUUGACAUCAAAUUGGGUUUUUAAAUUGAUUUAUUUUUUAAUACAAAUUAAUAAAAGCUGGGUCCGAUUGCAUGUCAAGGAUUUGUUUCAGGAUGUACAAAGGUUACAAUCAUUAAACUUAACCUAUUCCCAGUCUGUGUAACCUGAUAGAGACAGAGAGCGUUUCUAAAAUGUCCCACAGCCAGCCAGCCUCCCCGCUCCGUCUGCCACUUUGUCAGGCCUCAUAAAAACGCCACCAGGUCGUGUGUGGAAGAACGUGGAGAGAGUAUAGGAUGUCUGAUGGAUAUUCCUGAAGGCAGAGCAUCCAGAUCGGGGGUGUUUUUGUUUCAUAGCGAGGUGCUCAGAGAUCAUGUUUUUUUUUCUCUGUAGGUUUGAGCCGGUCAGUAAAAAGAAAAAAAAACCUGAGGGUUGCUAGAAUGAGGAACAAAUGGAAAAAGAGGGAGGAGGUGGUGUCUGAGUGAUGAGUGAGAUUCUGUACAAAGAAGAAAUGUGUGUUAUGAGCAGGAUCGCGAACCAUCUGUUUGCUGGAUUGUUCCAGAUGUCCUAGGCUUGAAACCUAUCUGGAUCAAGGACUCUUAACUGCCCAAUAAGCACGAGCUUGUAAUUAAUUUCCAGACAUAAUAGAUGUCCUUCAGCAACUCUUUUCUAACCACGCUUUGACUGUUAUUUUUGCUUCUUCCUGAUUUCUCAAACUGAAAUAUCUUGUUUUCUUAUUUUUCCAGAGAAAAUCCCCGGCCUGUCGAGAGAGGGCUCCCCACACAGCGCCACCUCAGUUAAGGUGAGCUUGAGUGGACGAAAAAAUGAGAAAAUCUUUUAUAAUGAGAAAUACCAAACUGUGAUACCGUUUAACUUUUGCUAGACUUUCCCCAAACAAGCACCAACCCAAGCCUUUACUUGUUUUAUGGAUAAAAACCCUGUUUUAUUUUAGCUGAAGCAUAUAUUCUGGACUAUCAUUGUCGCUUUACAGCAAGAUGCAUCUGGAAGUUGUUAAAUUCUAUCCUUCUAAUAAGUGUUUAGCUCCAUUGAAGUAUGUUAAUGGGUUUUAAAGUGGCCCUCACGCAGAGCAGAAAAGCCAUGAGGCCUGUGCUUUGUUUACCUGUGUUGUAAGCACACUUCAAUCACAAGAACUAGAAAUGGUGUAGGGAAAGCGCUUAGAUGUCGGCAAGGGCUCAAAUCAUGCCUCCUCCCUUUUUUUAAUAAGAUAAUUAACCUGUUUUAAACGUAGAUCCGUCCUGCCUGUUUGGAAAUUGAUAGCUUGUUUUGCUGAUAUCCUCUGUGUCCAACAGUGCAGAGAAGUGUAAAUAGAAUCAGAUGUGAUUAGGCACAGACUGUGGCCACCCAGUAGUGAAGAGGCUAACUCAGUAGUUGAAGUCAAAGCUUUAUCAUUGGAUCUUUGCCUCAAAGCAAAGAGGAGUCUCCGAGGAGCUCAUUUGGAUGUGUUUAGACCGAUUACAAAGAACAAUCGUUUCCUUUUUCUGGUGAGAAGUAUGAGUCGCUGUGUUUGGGAGCUCUGACUGUCAGGCAGGUCAGCAGUCUUGAGCUCGUGAGAAACCGAUGUGCGUCACAGGGGUCGUAGAACAAAGCUUUAAUGUGUCCAUAAGAAACCAGCAUCAUGUCUUAUACACUUAAGUCAUCUGAUGUAGAGAUGAGACAGGAUCUAAUUUUUAUGAUAUGAAGGUGUUAAUCAACUGGUUAUAACCGCAGGACUAAUUAUAUCUGACAAGACACGUUAUAUCUUUGUAUACAAAUGAAGUCUGACAACUAGCGAAAGAUGUAUGUCUGUGUCGAGUGCUGCUGUUUUUACUGUCAACAUUUAAUGUAGAUCAACCAACUGUGACCCUCUCCCUCCCUGCCAUCAAUAUAAUCUACACAUACACACACAAAAGAAAAACAGUGACUUAUGUUACACAAAACAUGCGGCACAUCAGAGCCAAGGUCAGCUCUGUGGGAGUGACAGGCAUGAAAAAGUAUGGAAAUUCCAACUGUGUAGGAACCCUUACUUUUUAGAAUUAUUUUUGGAAAUACCAAGUUUUUAUUUUAGAAAACAGAAUUUGAGAACUGUGGUAAUAGUCUGAAAACAUAAAUAUUUUUCCAUACUUAGUUUUUCAUUUUCCAUACUUUUUAAGACCUGGAAAUUGAUCAAAUUUAUUUCCAUACUUUCCAUACUUGCGUAGGAGCCCUGAAGUGAGUAUACGACAGGUUAACUACCCAAAGCACUAACUCGUGAUUUGAGUCGUUGACUUGUCCACUGGUCAGGUAGUUGGUGAAAUCCUUACUUUCUUAGUGGACAAAAAGUCUCUCUAUUAUUAAUGUUGCAGGGAAAGACUUCAAGCAAGCUCUUUAAAAGGUACUAUAUGUAUCAUAGAAUCAUUAUCAUUAUCAUAAAAGAAUCUUGAAAAACAAGAAGAGUUCCUCUACAAUUUUAUUUCAUGUGAAUUUGUUUGUUAAUGUAUGAAAAUUUUACUCAGGUAUCCCUUUUUGUAAAGCUUCUUUAUUUUUACUGUUUAUUUUUUCAGUUAACACAAAGGAUUUUGAUGUUAUUUCUGCAAAAUCUGUUUCUAGCCUUGGUGCGAAGAGAUGAUGAUGAUGUUAAAGUUGCAGAGAAAGACACUGCACAGCAAAUGGACUUCUCAGAAAGUCAUUUAUCCCUAACUACUAACUGCACAGGCAUUACUGAAACGUUGGCACAGAUUAGACACUGAGGGACGAUGAUUGCUGAAAGGGUGGCUCUAAAGCUUCUGCUUCAUCAACUUCAAACACAUAAAAUAAACAUGUUUUAGAUCCCGUUUUUCCUCUCUCCUCAUUAGGCAGGUGCAGAAUUCCAAUUUUGGUCGACUUAUAAGUAUCAAUCCUAAAAAGGCCAGUCUGUAACACCACAAUAUUAACUCCGGCUGAAAACAAUUUCUCAAUCAGUAGUGACUGCUCUUAUUUUUCUUUGUGGAUGCUCUGUUAAUACCAGACAAACACUCAUUAUUUCCCACGUUCCCUAGAUUUGAAAAGCCAGUACAGCUGUGUAUCCCAGUGCCUCUUUAACAUCCCCGCUGUUUUGAUCCAUCUCAUUAGCGGUCUUUAGAUCUUUCCCAGCACACGCUGGAGGUCAUUUGAGUGUUCACAUUGAUUGCUACAGUGGGCACCUGGAUGUCUUUGCAGCUCCUCCCCUUAACUUUAUUUUUCAGAAAUUACAAGACACAAGAUAAAAGAAAGUCGUUUCCACUCCUCCUAAUGUCCAUUAUUGUGCAGGAACCACCCACCGCCACCCAAUCAACUGCUGUGAUGAAAGUUCACUAAAAGCCCCACCCCUCCGUACGCACACAUACACACCACUGCUGUUUUGCUGUGUUUGAUUUAGCCUGUGGUGCAUUGUUGUCCUCCAUUCUGGGGGCACAAACCCAUAACCUCGGCGAAGAUGAAAGACUCGCGCUGUGCCCCCAGUAAAGCUUGAACUUCUGGCCCCCGCCACUGCCUGCUGUGGGGAUUCAACAAACACACACGCAGGCUUUCUGGAGCCAUCCCAGACGGAAGAGACCAAAGAGAGGGCCUAAAGAGCAGCCCCGGCUCUGGCUGCGAGCCACUGUGGCCCAGUGGGUGGGAGAGCACGUCCUGUGACUGAAAAGGUCACCAGGUUCUGUCCCUCUUAAAGCCAUCAAAUUCCUGUCAAUUCCAGUAUGAUAACCUUUUAACAACCAAGAUAAUUACUUCAGUUUAGGUAUGGGAACAACAAGAGCAGCACAGGCAGUCAUUUGAAAAGAGGUCUUCCAGUCAUUGUGAUAUUUUUAACUGCCUUUGGUGGCUCUGGGAACAGCAGUGUUGGCUCGUCUCCUGCCUUUAUUCUUCAUAUUGCCUUUGAGUUUUGCUGUAGUGCCCAUCAGGUGUAUAUUAGUGGUUUACUCAAGCCGAUGCAGAAAUGCAAAAAGUUGCCGUUUGUGUAGGGUGACCGUAUAGAGGACACGACUACGCAAGGGCAGAGUCACAGAGUUGCACAAAGUUAAUUUUGAGAGAGGGUCCGAUCGAGUGUCUUUUUCGUGCUCGUAACUCAGUAAGUCCAUGUGACACAAAAUCAAAACUUUUGUACAAAGCCGCGGACAUUUGAAUGAUUUUAUAAACUUCCCCUGACAAAGCCAGACAAGCCCAGACAUCCCCCAAAAGAGAGAACAUGUCCGGGUAAAAGAGGACGUAUGGUCACCCUACAUUUGCGUCCACUUGAGGCCGACUCGGCAGACAAAUGUCCAUGAUUCAGAGAGGUUUCAAUUUCAAUAUGAGCUCUAAUGAGGAUUCUUUAAGUUUCUUAGUUUUUGACCAAGUUUGCACACCAGUAGUUAUGAAAUAUAUUGAAAUGCCUCAUAUGCUCCUAGACGUUGGGUUUCACCACCAACUGUAUCCUUGCUUCUCAAGUUGCUGAUCAGAUUGCAGAGAAUGAAUGCAUGAAAUGACAAGUCUCUACUAUGGAUUUAUCUGUGUGUUUGUUUUUAAUAACCUUUACAGACGGUUGAGUUAAAAAAGAAGGUAUUACAAUUUUGAUCCAGAGGAUUUAACUCAAAACUUUCCCUGAAUGGGGAUUUGUGUGUAAAUGAAGGGAGUGAGACAAACGCACGACCAAAUCAGGAUUCUCCAACAGCCCUCUUUUGAAAGGUCAGUUCAUUGUUCACUGAACCAGGGGAGCUUUAUUUCCUCCGACAAAUCUGAACUGGAGCUAAACCCGUUUGGAAGAUAUUUUAAAGGAAAAUAUCUACCAAUCGCUUUUCACUGAUCUUCAUUUACUGAGUCCACAUCUUGAACUGAGAGUGGGACAUCAUCUCCUCUAGGUAAAUGGUUCAGACAAGGAUGUAUUUUCAUGCCCACGGAGGAGACCGCCAAACUCAAUCUUUUCCAACCCAAGCAUUGCUUCAGGGAGGGAGUCGAGGACAGGAAUAACUGGAUGAUGCUUUACGAGCUGCGCCUUUUAUUUUGGACCUCACUCUGCUUUGUGAUGUGCCAUCCUAUGUAAUUUCUCUCCUCGGUCAUGUAGAGAUUUAAUAUAACUUGGUCUGCAGCCUGUUUUUCUUAUUGUAUGAGUGGUCUUGAGUCACGGUUGGGCAGUUGUGUGUUCAGGACUACAAACUCGAAUAACAUCAGGAAAUGAGCAAAAGUAAAUGAGCGGUGAUCCCAGCCGGACCUCGUUUUUGUCUCUUUCUUUUGGCUCUGACUGUAGUUCUUAUAGGUACUAAAGUUUCCUUUCUGCCUAUUAGGAGACUCAUCAUGUCUUGUCCAGCCAGGUUUCCUUUCCUGGAGAUGUAGUAGAAACAGCUGAAAUGUCCAUUUACACAAUUUACACAAAAGACAGGUUUAUAGAAGGAUGUUUUACCCAUCAUUUUUGAAUAAUGAAGAAACGUCCUCUUUCUACGGGCAGCACAAACCUACAUUUCCUCAUUUUUCAGCUUGUAAUAGUCGCUUAAAUCUACACCACCAUGCUGUGGCCAUUCAGCACGCUCUGGCUUUUCAGCUGUAGAAGCUACAGUGUAACUAAGCUUCAUCCUUUGGUGCACCUCAUUAACCACAUCUUUCCUGAGAGGUUAAACAGUCAGUAGGUCCCUCUUUGUGCCUGCACUUAGAGUCGCUGACCUUUCACAUCCUCUCAGUCGUGUACUUGCUCUAGCUCUAGAGGCAAGCCUUUUAAAACAUUAAUCAUUUCUGUUAGCCGGCCAAAUCGGAGUCUUACUUUAAGCACUUACUCAGCCCAAUCUCUCCCUUUGUUUCCAGGAGGAGAGCCAUCCACCAGAAGCAGAAAAAGAGGAUCUCCUUGUUGCUCCAGUGGUGGAGGAGAGCCAAAAGCCAUCCACAGACAACUUCCUAGAACGACGAGCCCUCGCCAUCGCGGCCAAAGCUCAGGAAAUAGAGACGGUACUCAAACAACUCACCCUUACAUUGACUUCUAAGAUUUACGUACAUUAAACUAACCAUUCAGCUGAAAAGUGUUGAAAAUAACCGAGCAAAAGGAAGCUUGGUAUUAAAACAACUCACCAUCUAUUUUUACCAGGGCUUUUCGUAAGGUACAAUCUCUUUCAGUCAUGCUCCAAAAGUGCUUUAAACUUUUUUCACAUUCAGUAUUUUUACACCUUUAGACUAGCGUCAUUUUAAAGAUUCAAUCUUCACUGUUUUAGGGAGACACCCUAUCUUAAAUAGUUCACUGGCAACCGUUUUAUGGCGCAUUUGUCAAGGCAAAUGCGCAACAAUUUUAAUUGCGUGUAAGCAGCUGAACCUUGGAAAAUAACUACAUUUACAGUCCUCUCAUUACAAGUCAGUAAUUUGUCAGUCUGCUCUAUAAAUGUCAGUUGGCUAUGUGUGUGACACAUGCUGUACAAUCCCUUUUAAUAUAGUGGCCGUGACUUCUCUGACUCACACGUGGCUCACUUUACUGGCAAGGCAGAAAACCUAUGAUGCUGCCAACAAGACAGGAAACGAACUUCUCUGACCACCAGCCACAGACGUGGGUUCAUCCUGAAGUUCACCUUUUAACUUCUGAGUCCAGAGUUUCUUUUUUGAGAUGAGUAACAAGUGUCUCAGAGUUGCUCUUUGUCAUAUUUAGUGUCUUUUUUUCAUGUGGUUGUGUUUAAUCUUCUUCCUGACUGAAAUAACAACUCAUUAUACCCAACUUGGUGGCCCACGUGGCUCAGAAAUUUAAGCUCUCCCUGUGUGUAUAAAGAUGAGUCAAACACACACACACACACACACACACACACACACAGGCCUGGAUAACAGGGUUUAAGAUACAAGGUGCAAGAGCCCAUAAACCAAAGCAGAAACACAAGUACAGCUUAGACAUGCUAGAGCUCUGCGCUAACAAUAAAUUUCAGAGGCCCACUACUAAACAGAGCGCAAACUGCCCCAGGCUGGAGGCUCCAGCUUCGCUCGGUUAUCUAAUGAAGCCCAUUCCUGCACCAGUGAACACCACCGCUGCUUUACUGGGACUGUUAAACCUUAGCCAGAUCUGCCCCAGAGCGCACUCUGCAUUCUCACAUAUAGCUCCACCACACAGCCUGCUAUAAUACUGUUGCUGACUCUGCAGCUCCUGACCUGUUUUAUAGCCGGUCUUUAUCCCCCCAUCUGCACGUCUUUGUGUUAAAUGGAGCUCUAUCCUGUGAGCUACACCUCAGUUUCUCAGGUGUGAUAAAAAGUUUAAAUGCAGAAUACAGAUUGCCAUUAGAUCUACCAGUAUUUUAGUUGAUUCUGUUUGGGGUUUUUAGUCAAAUUGAUGUCUUUUGCUUUAACAUUAUAUCAAGUCAUGAUAUUGAGGAUUGGAAAGAGUCUCUAAAGGUCUUUACACACCAGGCAUUAGGUGAAAUACGCAAAUAAGCGACGCCAAAAGGUGUUUUCGCCAGCGAUUUUGCUCUGUACGGGCUUUUUCCUUUUCUUUUCUUCAUAUACAAAUGUUUACUGGACUUUGAAGAAGUUGCCCCAAGCUGGUUAGUUAGCUAGCUUAGCUUCACAUUAUAUUAGCUAUAUUACACAUCUAUGUUUGAGGAUGGACUUAACAUCAGUAUACUCACCAGGUGAGUUGAGGUCUUCUUUUAUUUCCUGCCAUAUAUUUUCUUUGAGGAGAGGGUCAUGAAAUAUUUUAGGGACUUGUCCCAUAAAGCAGGGCGCUCGAUAAAGCGCUCAGUCAUGAUGAAUGAAUGCAGACUAGGGCUGAUGCCGCCAGUGAAGUUUGGAUUUGACGUCAUCGACAUAACAUCAUUUUGAUUGGUGAGAGGUCUGGCCGUUCGCCUUUUUGCCUCCGCAACAUUCAACACAAGAGCAAAUGAACAACAGUCGCUUUUUCUGAUUCGCGAAUUUUAGCUGCCAGUGUGUAAGGUCGCAUUGACUUCAACAGGUUAAAGAAAAAGUUAAUGAUUCGCCUCUCAAGUUCGGUGUGUAAAAACCUUUACAGUUGAUAAUAAUGCUGUCCUCACUUUGCUGUCUUUGUGAUGUGGGGCAAACUGAAUUUUCUGUCAGAUAGAAAAGAAACAUAAGAAUUUAUUCCAAAACUGAUCCUGGUAUAUUCUCAUUUUCUUACUUCCACGCUCCAAUCAAAACCCUCAGAGAAUCACUUUCACAUGACGCUUGGUUGCCUGCCAAAGUGGCAUUUGGAAAAUGUAUAAGCACUUGUCCGGUGGCUGAUAUUAAUUUCCCAUCAUGGCCAGAACACACAGCCAAACACUCUCAAGUCAGGCUUUCUGUUUCCACGCCAAAACAACAGAGUCACUUUCUCAUGCCGCACUGUUUCUGUUGCAGUCGACAGCUCGUGUUUAGCCGUUUGACAAGUGUCGGCCAGAUGUUUGGCUUUCUGCGCCCAAUCUGGUCUAGCCAUCUCGUUCGAACACAUGGACACAAACACACUGCUGCCCGGUAGCUCCUGGUUUACUGUCUCUGCACCCGUUUCCAUACAUUCAAAGCUACACUUUCCAUCAUCGGCCAGACAUCACGCUGGGCUGCGUUUAUUCCAGCGCCGCACUGUGUGUUUGUGUAGCUAAGUGAAAUUGGUCUGCUGAAAUUCAACCUGAACCCCGCUCUCAUUGUCAGAGUUGACUUUGGCUGCAGUACAGACCCGCUGGUUACAUUGAGUGACAAGCCAUGAGAGGCAAUAAAGCAUACGAUGCUUUACCCUUCCUCAAAAUCCAGGCUGUGUUACAAAGAGAGUUUUAUUUCAUUUGUUGAAGGAAAUCUAAAUAUAUUUGGCUACAAGACAGACAGCCAGACAGUUCCGGCCCGUUUUUAUUUUUGGUACAAAGAUGGCAGAACUGGACUGAGGCCCCAGCUCCGGCUCUUUUUUCUCAAGCCAGGCCUCUCCCGCUUCAACUGACUGCAGAAAAAUAAAGCACAGAGAGAGUUUAGAGAUGGAGACAGUUCUGAAUCGACCCCACCCAAAGUCAAGAAACUGGUCCUUUCCUUCCUGAUUGGAUAACAAGGGAGGGGGUUUCAAGGAAGUGCGUUUGAGUACGGGAAGUACGUUUUCAGCACAUUGUUAUCUAGGAACAACGCUCCCUCUAUGCAUUGGAGUACUUGUUCGCACUCUUGAUUGGUUACUUCCUCAGAGCAGGUGAUUAAAAAAAGAUCUUUCAUGAGUUAUAAUCUGUUACAGUCGAGUGGAAAAAGAUUAAAGAGACAUUUCUUUGUGCUAAAUUUAGCCCAGAAAAGCACAUUUUGCUCACAAGCUCAUCAGUCUGUCUAAUGUGUAACAUUUUGAUCAUUUACUGAGCAGAGGGAACACACAGGAGCUAAAAACAGAACCAAAGGAAGGCAGUGUGUUUACCUCAUGUCAUUACUCCUUCCUGAAAUUGUGUUUUCUUGUUCAGCACUAAUAUCCUGCGAGUAUAUUCUUCUGAUUGUUGAAUUUGGGUCAGGCCGAGAGUGGGAACUGAAAAUAGCGGACAUUGCCUAAUUAGUUGAACCAACUCGGUGCAGACUCUUGGCUUACUGUUUACUUAUUUCGUCAUUAAAGCUUGCGCAUUUCUGGCUCAUAUGCAGGUUAAAUAUAAAGUGGAAAUAUUUCAUGCUUUAAAGCAGUUAUUCGAAAGUUGAAAUCGCUCAUUUCAAGUCCAAGAAAUGUAUGAGAGCACAACUUUAUUUGAGAAAACACAACAUCGCCAUAAAUAAGUGUUGGAGUUUGAAUGUCCUGCAGCAACUACCAUCAUAACAUCCACUGAAUGACCCUUAAUCUGGAUUUGUCCUCAUUGUACACGCCUGUAUAAACCUCAGAUCUGCACACAGCUCUUGUCAUCCAAAGUGUUUGUGCGUUAGCCUGCGGGGCAAAAGCUUGACCCUCACUAUGAAGGAUAGAUGCUUGACUUACUAAGAUGCAGUAUCAGUUGGUUAACUCCAUCCCAUUCAAAAAUAGGAAGAGAACUGACACAUACAGAGGCCGAUGAGAGACGAAAAAGUGGAGGAACAGAUGGAGGAGAACUGUUUAGAGAGAGAAAACUCCCAUAGAGGAAUAUAUGCGUCCCUUAGCCAUUUUUGGAGAGAACCAGAAGUCCACUGUCCUAUGAAAAACAAGCUUUUGUGUGAUGUAUAUUUUUAGAUGAAGGUUUUUAUUUGUGCCUUCAUUUAUGGCCACAGUGGGCGAUUUAAAAGAAAACCAGCCCUGUGAUCAUGUGUGGUUCAGCAGUUUGAUAACACUGAUUUCAGCUCUCAGAGGUACUUUCUGGGUUUUGUCUUGGUCUCCGAUGGCCUUAAACUGAAUGUCUUUGAAUUUCAACCUGGAGAUGGACAAAACAAUCAUAUGUCCCUUUGGCUUUUAAAAAUAUUGACCAGUUGUAAUCUUGACUUCCUGUUUUUUUUUUUUCAGCACCAGGCACCUCUUUUUUUAUCUUGUGUCUAAAAAUGAAAGAAAUAUGAUGUAUAGAUUGUCACAUGCUGAUGAAGCAAUAAGAGGAAUAGGUCCUCUGCAUAAGUCCAGCUUGUGUUUUGGAAUCAGUCCAUUGCACAUGUGGAGCUUUGAGAAAAUGGAGCCCUGUUUUAAAUAUAUUCCUGUCAGCCGAAGACACUGAUAUGUCUUCACUCUGGAAUUGUACUUUUAGCUAAUGUCAAGGAUCAUGAGUUCAAACACCCCUCAGUUUUGUCCCACAAGUUUUAUGUGAAGCAGUGGGCGCUCCUUAAUGUCUCAGGAGACAUUUGAAGCUCAGUGUGAAAUCACAGCUCCCAAACAGGACAUUAAAACCUCUUCCUCAUUGUCCCUCUAACACCUGUUAUAAGCCUCUGAGCUUCAACUAAAGUGGGGGUUUAUGACCUCUCUCAGGCCCCCCUUUGCUUUAGAAAGGGCCCUUAUUAAACACGAGAGGAGAAGUGUUUAUCUUUUGACACUGCAUGAUGUGUGUUAACACCAGUAUGAUCAGCUCAGGCUCAAUAAUGCUGGAAUAUUUACACAUAGGCGUCAGGUAAGAGCAGGAAGGAAACAACUUUUCAUCUCCUCAAGUAAGAGCUUCUCUUUCAAGGUUUUCACCUCUGCCUGUUAACACCUUUUAGUCGUAAACCUACUCUCUGCUUUUGAGAGGGAAGUUUUCUUCUUGUUUCUCUUUUGCUGUUUUCAAUACUUGUGCACGUCAAGCCUCUAUGCUCAUAUUCCACUUCAGGUGUACCGCCAGGACUGCGAAACGUUCGGCAUGGUGGUAAAGAUGCUGGUGGCUAAAGACCCCAAUCUGGAGAAGCAGCUGCAGGUCCCCCUCAGGGAGAACCUCGGGGAGAUCCGGGAGCGUUGCUUGGAAGAUCUCAAACACUUCAUCACCGAGCUGGACGAGGCCGUUCGGCAGCCAGAACCUUCUGUCUGUGACUCAACAACCCCAUCGGCAUCCCUAACAGGUCAUAAACUUUCAAAGACAGGAGUCAAUCACAGCUCGGCUUACUGACACUGAUCAAUGCUAUGCAGGACUGAGCAUUAGGGGAUUGACUGCCAAACCCAACGGAUACUUUGGCUGCCUUUCAGAUUGCUGGACUCAAUUAAUUGACAUCACCGCAAACUGGACGCAGUUUUGUUUCUAGGGAUGAACAGUAUUAGACCCAAUAGACCAUUUUCACCGUCAGGUCUCUGUGGAAAUUCAAUGAACACAACCUAUUCUUUAAGGUGUUUUUGUUUUUUUCCAAGAAAUAAUCUUUAUUUAAAAGAUAUCCUUCUCAAAACACAGACAGAAAGGUUCACAUGUUUGUCAUUAUUUAACACAUUUUGGUGAGAGUAUAUUGCUGAGAGAGGUGAGUCUGCCCCUCCAGCGUAAUCACUUUUUCAAAGGAAAAGUCAGAUCCACAUUUAUGUUUUGUUCUGUUUUCAGAUUUGUAUGUUUUACUUUUGAAUUACCAAAUAUCUGACUUGGUGCUACAGAAUUAACAGUUUUACAUCUUUGUGUAAAUGUGUACCGUUGUAAAAAGGCCAGUUCGGUUACUUUUCAUAAGUCAUCUUGUUUUGCUUUUCAAACUUUAUAAAUGCACCCUUGCGCAAAACUGCACAAGGAUUGUGUUUUGAUGAUACUGAGACUGAGCUUUGCACAGACUGGGAUGUCUCUGAAGGUUGUAGAAAAUAUGUUUUUUUGUUAUGUUCAGGUUUGUUAUACUGUGAUCUAUUAAAAAGAAGUUACAUGCAUAUCA